AUUUUCUUGAUCUGUUACUGUGGUUGUGGCCUUGCUUAUUAUACAGUGUCCGGUAAAUAAAACUGAAAUCUGAAAAAGAACUAGCACAAACGAAACUCUGUGCCGCGCACGUGGUGUAGAACAAAGGGAGACGUACGGAACUCCAGAAAAUGUUCCAUGGAAGCGUGGCUAAUAUGCGUAGCUGAAAGUAGGCCAAAGCGCAGAAAGAAACAAGAUGGCGCAGCUGUUAUCAAGGCGGGAACAGCUUCGUCUGUGGCAGGAGCAGAAGCGAACUGGGAAAGCCUCGCCGACUGCGCAGUAACAUCAUGUUGUUGGGCCGACUUGCUUUUUUUUCUGUGAAGAUGUGUGCGAUUGCAUAAAAGAAGUUUCUUGAUGAAGACAGAACUGUGUUAGUGUUCGAAAUCGAACUUAGGAUGGUGCCCAAUAAGAGCUAACACUGAACGCUUUUAGGUUACCGACGGGCGCAACCACCAGCUCGCACCAAAAUAUCAAAAGCAACAGCAAGCACACCAGUGGAUUCGGCACGGCUCGCGCACCUGACACGCAUAAGCCUCCUGGGGCCAGCAGUAGCUCCUCCGGCCAUGCGCGGUCGGGGUCGUCUGCCGGUCCCGCGACCUUCAGCUCGAGUCCGCGACGGCACGCUCAGCACAACAAGGAGAACGAGCCUGGGCGACCUUCGUUGUGCGGCGCGAGGCGACGGCCGCCCCAGCCGAAUGCCGCCACCCUGGCUGCUGGUGCACAGGUUUACAAGCCGGGCUUUACGCGGGAGGCGUUGCGCGAGCAUGGUUACGUCAGUUCGGUACCGAACUCGCUGCACAAUUCCGCGGUGGACGUUGUCGUGGAUGAAGAAAUGCCCGACGCUCACGACCCGCAGCCAAGUGUUAGCCUGCCCGCGCACCCGAGCAGUUCGUCCAAGCUGCUAUUUGGCAGCGCAGGCACGGGUCUUCAGAGUGGUGGAACGGUACCUGCAACCUCCUCGUCCUCCUCUGCCCCUCCCAAAUAUAAUGAUGGCAAUAAGCACGUGCACCUGCACGCAGACGCACCAGCAGGACCUCAGAAUCUGUGGGGCUCUGCGGCUCGCAGACUGCCGCCGAAGAACAAACCUGCCGGCACGCAGAGUCAUGGGGCGCUUCCGCAGAGCGGCGGGGAGCAUAGAAAGAUGAACUCGAAACCGACCUACGCGAGCGCCGGGACGACUCCGCAGUCGCACAAAGACCCGCCGGCGUUCUUCAACUCCGGGAGUAGUCUUUACGGCCAGAGCAGCAGUGGCCAUCACCACCUUCCUACCGGGCCAGCAUCCACUGCCUCGCGCAGUCGAGCUGGCGCCGCCAUGUCGGUUUCUUCCAGGCCAGUUUCCGGCAAAGUGGCUGUGCUCGCCCCGUCCAACUUGCUGUCGACUUCGAUGUCCAGCGACCGGGGCGGGUCCAGCGUCCCGCGCGCCCGCACACCCAGCCGAAGCAAUUCGGUCACUGCCCGGGGCGGGUUCCAGGCCGGGACCAAAGCAAGCGAGAGCCGACGGACCAUACCGCCCGCGUCCUCGAGAACGUUAACCCGUAAGCAGUCUCUGCACGAAAGCAUGAGCGUGGAAAGCGGGCAGGUGCGAAAAUCUUCCUCCGCCGGAAGGAUCGGGGGAGGUGCAACAAGGAACCCGCCGUCCUCCUCGCGGCAGACACGACAUCCGUCGCCCAACGCGGGAGCGAACCAGAUACGGUCGAAAUCGCUGCAGACCGUGGAAUCAGCAGCACGGGCCGCAGGGGCUGCAACGUCGAGUACAACGAGCCGGGUAGAGCCGCAGCCGAUGGAGAUCGUCCUGCAGCCGGCGAAGAACAGAAACCCAUCCGAGGAGAGAUUGCUUCCAGAAGAUGAAGUGGCCCCUGCUCCUCCGGCUGCGGCACCGCCGGUCGCGGCACCAGCGGCGAACAACAAUGUCGGGGAUCAAGAGCAGAGUAGACCACAAGAAGCAAGUGCGCAAGACCACGAUCUCGCACCACCUGCUGCCACAAGCAGCUUAAAGCUGACGAAGAGCUCGCUGCGGCAACUAUCAUCGCCGCGGAAGCCACCGCCCAGCCCAGGAGAGAAGGACGAGGAUCGCCUGCCCUGCUUCGGCGUGCCAAGCCCAGGAAUCGGCUUGCCGCUGCACACGAGUCCUGCGCACCCCGACAGUAGCUCGCCGCCCGAGCCGAAUCUCUACGGGACAUACAGCGACCCGCGCCGCGCCCGGGACUCGGUGGCAAGCGUCGCAACCUUUGGCGGUGGUAGCUCGAACAAGAAAAACGUAGUCGCAGGAGUCGUGGCCGCACCAGAGGGCAAUCAUGCUGCACUACCGCGUGCGAGAGAGGCACGAGGCGAGAAUGUCAGUCCUGGCGCCGCAGUAGCCGUCCAGCCCGACUCCGGAGACAACAAUAUCGAAAGCAGCGGGGAGCGGAUUCUAAAAGAGGUGGACGUGCUGGAAAAAGAACACCAAGAACAGCAGGCCGAGUUCGACGCGAGUCGCGGUUUGUUGCCAGACAACGGCACCAGCACGGGGAUUGUCACGGAUCACCACGCCGAGCCGGGCGAGAGCUCUUUCAGUAUCCGCAUGGACAGCAACAUUCUCUUUGGCGAGGAGAACGCCUUAGCGAAGAAGCAACAUGAGCCGAAAAGCUCCGAGUCGUCGCCGGAGAUUAUUGCGCCGGGACCGUCGUUGCGGAAAGAUUUUUCGUCCGAACAGGAACAGCUGGGGAUCGCAGGAGAAGCUGAAAAUAACCAGCUGCAUGAUAAUAAUUCUCUAGAGCUGCGCGAUUUCAAUCCAGAACUUGUAUCCGAUGCGGAGUCCGAGCCCGUUGCCGUCGACGAAAGCAGUUCAGACGGCUGUGUCUUUCGUAUUCCACAGGACUGCGUGUGUUCGCGGAGCGCCUUUGCGCAGACGACCGCGGAGCUGCGUUGUGCCGCGCCGCGGGGCACGCCAGUGCCGGAAUUUCGACGAAAGUUGCGAAAACCAAACUGGACGGAGACAUUGCUGUACACGGUCGCGGAAGAGCUGCAAAAGUAUUUAUUUUUUUUGAUUUCUUAUUUGCAUAGCAGAUGGCACAGAUGGCACAGAGCGGAGUGGAUUUCGACGUGAAUGCGUAAUGUAGUAAAUAAAAAACCCACACCAGCCUUCCACCAGCAAGUGCGCGAGCGAGCCUUGUGGAGUUGGGCGGUCCGAGUCCGCCACCAGAGCUUGGUUUACCGGAUGUCUCCUCUGCACGCAGCGCCGGACGCCACAGCGCGAAAAAGGAUUUUGGAACGUCUGGUGGUGGGUCGAGCAGUUCUAGUGCUCCUCCAGUACGAGGGCCACAGCACGCGAGUCCAGCCGCCGGGAAAACGCCACUGCAACGGAAGUAUUCAUCACACGUAUCAUCUGCAGAGAGGCAAAAGCAGGCUACGGUGGAAUUAAAGAACCCACCAAGCUCCGAACCACCUCAGAAGCCGACCAAAACCCACGUGAGCACGCCGUGGCAGAAACCGGACGUCGCCGGAAUCAGUCCGGCAACCGAGGACUCGUCGGUCUCUCAGUUGCAGAAGAAUCAGACACCCACGAGCGAUCAGAGGAAGAAUUACCCCAAAUGGUUCAAACGCACGCCGUCUGGACAAACGCCGCGGUCCACUACGCCGGUGUCCGCGCGUGGACGCGGCGGGCGACCGUCCGACGAGAGCGGCGUGGGCGCUUUCGGCAGUGAGAAACAAGAAAAAAAUAAUUCCGCGUCUUUCUCUGCUGAAAGAGAAAUGAAGGAAGACGAUCCAAUGACCGGCGUGAUGACUGCUCAACAAAAUCAUGCAAGCAGGAGCGUGGACCAGAGCAAAGCAGCACUUUUCGUCGUCCAGGGUGGUGGUGCGAGUUCGUCUUCUAGCGCGUUGUUCUCAACAUCAGCGACAUCUUCUUCUUCAAAUGCGGGACCGCAGGCGCAGCUAGAACAAGCUGCGGCGGCGGCCGGUUGCAGCUCGUCCUUUCGCCAGAGCAAAACGCCACCGAAGCGGACCGCCGCGGAGGACGAAAAAGAGAUGAUGCUGAUGGAGAAUCUGCAGCAACGGGUGGCGGACCGCAGCAGGCGAAUGCAGGAAAAAAAAGCGGAAAGUUCUUCGCAGCAACAGGAGAAAGACCGCGACUCCCGAGUAGCAGCUGAGCAGCAACCCAGUGGCGCGGCUGCUCGGGCGCGGUCGCGGUCCGCCAGUUUCGAAGCGGCCCGGCGACGGUUCGAAAACGCAAAGGAGGAGGGAGAGCAAGUCGACCGCAUCGGGCGGCGCGGGGAAUUACGAGCGCCAAGUGGAGGGUUGGUGGACCGCACGGGCAAGAUCAACGACCCCGACGUCAGUAUGAUCUCGCUGCAAAACAAAUCACCACCGGAAAAACCACCUGCGGACGCGACUGCGCCAGCAGCCGUCGCGGAGCAAAACGCCGAGUCGCGCGUGAGCCGGGCGUUCGCAGCCAAGGAGCGCGCCCGCGCGCUGUUCGAGCGAACCAGAAGCAAUGCGAGUAAAGGAACAGCCCUGGUUUCCACCGCGUCGUCGAAGCUCAGCUCCGUCGCUGGCGGGAGUGAGCAAACAGGAACUACGUUGCAGGAGAACGCAAGAACCGUUAUUUCCGGCACAGGAUCCUCGUCCGCUUCGUCUUCUCAGACGAACCGCGGGCCAGCGUCAACGUCGAUCUUCGGUGCAAACCGAAGCUCGAGCGACACGACGAAUAACAAAAAAGACCGAGCGACGUCAGGCUCGGGUUUGUUUGGCCAGACUGCAGAUAAAAAUUUGCAGCAAGGAGGCAGCAGCAGUUCCGCUUCCAGUAGCUCAUCUUCCUCUGCACACGGUGCGCGUUCGAAGAGUGACCACAGUACCUGGAAUUCUAAAAUUCAGGACACGCGUUCGCUGGUUGCUCAGGCAAAAAUGCGGCUUUCUUCGACAACAGCGGCAGAUGCGAAUCGAGGUCGGGAGGAUCAAAAUAAUGCUCCUGCUUUUUUGCACAGCCACAGCAGCGCCGAAGAGUCGAGCAAAAAAGACAACGGCAGUUCGAUUUCCCAGCAAGAUUUCUCCAAACGAGAAGUGACCCCGGCAAGGAAGGCAAAGCACGAAGAAAAAACGGACCCGCUUGCGCUAAGUCAGGACACCAAAGCGAUUCUGCGCGACAUGAAACACCGGCCGAAGAUUUUAGACACCGUGUUCACGCCGGAGUUCGAAGACCACUUCUCUCCGGAGCUUCCGGAAGACGAACCCCCGCCCGACGGGCAACUGCUGCUCCACGCCGCAACCACGCGGCUGGGCAGCACGGAUUUCCGCACAGACGACGCUUUCGCAAGUGCUGGCCCGUCGCCCCUGGACGCCGGCGCGGAUGACAGUGGCAUCGGCCCCGUGCAGAGCGCCGCCAUGAAGUCACCGUCACCGUUGAAAAUCGACGUACAGAACGAUUUGACCGGGCUGCUUUUCCGCAAAACGCCAACCGAACUCAACGGACCGCAGGUGCUAGAGCAGAUGAACAGUGGAGGAUCAUCCCAACCGCAGGAAGCAGAGGAGCCGCGGUGGAAUCAAAAAACUACCGUCUUCGACGACUUGAACCGCGUGCAUUUCGGGGAGGAGAAGGAGGAAGAGGAUGGUGCGAUGGAUGUGUCUGGAUCGGAGAAGAAAGAAAUAGAGACUAGUACACAACAGAAUCAGCAGCACCAAAAAUCUUAUCAAGAUCUUCCCGGCGCCACGCUGUUUGAGCAGGAAAAUAACAAUUCUGUAAACAUUAGUGGUGAUUAUCGUCAAAAUCUUUCGCAGCAAGGCCGGUACAACAAAAACAAAACUCCGCGCGCGGACCGGAGCGGACUGAUGUACAAAACGCCCCACAGCGAAGAGCAGUCCCACCAUAUUGAGAGGAAAAGUCCCCCCUCCCCAUAUUGAAAAGGUAUGUUUCCGAAAAUCUGUGUUGCUGAUUUGUGACCACAAAUCAGGUUUGUCUUGCAAAAAGAAAAGCGCAGAGGCAUCCGCCCAAUCGUGAAGCGAUUUUGCAUGCUGUUGGUCCUAGAGGGUGGCCAUUUGCAAUGCUGAACAACUAGACCUGAGCGCUCCCAGCUAGGCUGCGGAUCUGGCCGGAGUGCGUUACUGCAAGACAAAUCGGAUUUGUGUACGCAAAUCAGCAUCAGAAAUUUCCAUUUUGAUAGGGGGAGGGGGGAUUUUUGCUUUUGAUACACCACACGCCGCGGAGGGAUCAUCUCCAAGCGGGGCCGUUACUGGAUGAGGACGAGGACGUGUUCGGGGACCAGAAUCGACGGGAGCUGCACCAGAUCACGGGAGACGAGGAUGCGCGUGGGGCGAUGAUGGCGCCGAUGUCGGGGAGUAGCAGCAUGAGCAUGAGCAGCGUGCACAAAAGCAGUCCGAAAAACAAAAACUCCUCCUCGCAGGGGUCCGGCGGGGACCAGCCCCAGGUGGGGUCGUUUCUGCCGCCAAAGCAACCGACGAGUGGCAUGAGCAGGCUGCCGCUUGCGCCUGGGGCGGUGACGAGUGCUGCUCCUUUUUUAUCCCACGCAGCAGCAUCUUCAUCACGAUUGGGGAUCGGUAUUGAUGAAGCUUCUCCAUUUAGGUGUUAAUCCAUCUUUAUUGUUGUGAGCUGCCUUUCAGUUUCAACUACACAUACAUUUUUUGUUCAACGGCGUUUUUAUUGAAACUACAGGCAUAGCUGCUAUAUCGCCGCACCGAGGAUCUCUGGAAGGCAGCGAGCUGUACAGCGCUCGCAGUCCGAGAGGUAAGGUUCCUGGGAAAUUUAUAUCGCCGUUCGGGAACCGUGACGGUCGACUCUCAGCUGGAGCGAUGGGCCAAAACUUCAAGUACAUUUAUUCUUCUUACUAGGAAAUAAAUCGGAAAUCGAAGUAUCAGAUUUGCUUCCCACCUCCAGCAGAAUGAAGAUGCGAAAGGGCGAGCAUCAAGAAGGAAUAAUUGUGAGCAGAGACAGUGUUUGUCGGAUCUCACUUGUUUUUAGAAAAUUUUCCAGCCCGGCACCGCGGACGCCCGUCGGCUUUUCGAGCAAAAGUCCUUUCGUCAAGGCCGAAGAUGUGAUGCCGCAAGCGCGCCGAAGCGGUAGUCCCUGCGGGCGCUACGAUUUUCUGUCGGAGGAGAAGUCUCCGGCCCGCAGCGGUCGCGGGCGCGCGCGGGGGAAUCCGAGUCCGUUGCAGGCCAUGGGAAACCGCCGCUCUAACAACACGAGCAUUUCCCCGAUCCGCAUGAAGCCGAUUUCUCCCAGCGCGAACAUCAGCCCGAGGCGUAUUGUUCGAAUAGUUGGAUUUUAAUUUUCUUUUGCUGCGUUAGCAUCCAUUUCUUUCUUGUUCCAACGAACUUGGACUUAUCACGACCUGCUAAUCGUUUUAUCCUUUCGUGAAAGUCCGUUACUCGACGUUUUGAAAACGCAACUAAUUAUGAUCCCAUCAGAACCCGCGUCCUCCUCCGGAAACCAGCUCCUGUCCGGUGGCAAGCCGUGGCUUCAGCAGCAGGAGUCCAAGGCCUCUGCCGGCUUGUCCCCCCUGAGCAACUGGUCCGGGUCGCCGGACCUCAAGCAUGACACGUUUGUUGAGGAGUUUCGGCAAGAGGUAAUGGACCACCCGGGUCACCCGAUUGACGACGCCUGGAUUUUGCAAGAAAAAACGGUGGAUGCCGAGCAGAUUCUUUGUCAGUGCGCAGACAUCGAACACUUCUACUUCUUCGACCGCCGCGAUAUCAUCAGCAAACUGAUCGACUUUGUCCCGUGCCACCUGGAAACCAUUCCCGAGGAGGACGAAGACGAGGAGAUGAUGUAUUGAGAGCGGUGGAUUAUUUAUUUCCACGUCGAAUUAUGUUGAGCUUGAGGUUGAGAUUUUUUUCAACACAAAGCCUAUCGAACUAGCAACUACUUCGCCAAGAACGAAUAUAUAGGAACGGUGCUCGUCCUCGACCGCGAGCGAGAUACAACAGAACUACUCGUCGGAAAGUCAUUUAGCAUUUUUGCAACAAACUUUCUCUUUCCGCAUUGAUUUUGCACGAGUCUAGAAACAAGAGUUGGUGAUUUUGCAUUUAUUAGGUCUCACGAUGAACAAAAAAAAAGGUCAACAUUACAACAAUGAUACUUUGCUCUGCGAUGAUGAGAGCCGUAGAAAUAUUCGAUGAAUAAAAAGCACGACGAGGAACUUUUGUCAAUUUCCAGUGGUUCAGCUACUAGCAGAACUUUCUUUGUACUUCAAUGGCUUUUUGGAUACAAUAGCUCUAGCUAAGCGCCUUUCGAGUCAGUGUAAAUGUUGAAAUUGAAAAACUAUCGACGAUGAAGUGUAUCUGUAUGAAACAAUAAGAAACGACUGUGACUGAAAGUCAGAAUAAGCGAAACUGCGAGCGUCUCGAGAAAGUGCCUGACAUG